AUGAUAGUUGAUAUCUCGCCCCGGAAUACUCGUUUGCAAGUCUACGCCGCUUGGGUAGAUACUUGGCUUGAUACAAAUGUCGACCAAAACCGGACCCAAAUUGCCAAACUCUUGAGCGUUGGCGAGAUAGCAAUUCUUUUUCAAGACGCAAAUAUCGACCAGCUUCUGCACCCUGACCUUCUGCCAAAUGUGAUAAUAUCGUUUCGACAAAGAUUCAACAACGGCGAAAUUUCUCUUGGUGGAGUGUUGUCCCCUUCGUGUACAGAGACAAACUUGAUGUCAGAGAAAUAUGAUCCUCGCGUCGAUUGUACUUGUGAUGGGAUAUCGCCAAUGUCAUUUAUCAAGGACGCGGAUUUGACAAAAGCGAGGAACUGUGAAGCCAUUAAAAAGAUGCUCUUGGCACAGAAUGAUGUUACUCAGCGACCAAAGGAGUGGAAUGGGCAUGGCCUUUUCACUGUAAAAAAGCUCGAAUAUGCAGUCAAAGAACUUGUGUUUUGUAAUCUAGACAUUCAACCAAGUCCGACCAUAUGUUCCGGAGCCGAUAUUGCAACUGCUGUUCCCCCAAUAAAAGCUCCCGAUCGCCGACCAAAUCCACAGUGCGACAAUAGCUCGGAGGCAUAUGAGGCGUUGUAUCCGACGUUGGAGAAGGUCAAACUUUAUGCAGGGAACGAUGUCUUAAUAGGAGACUAUUGUGAAGCGGUCACAGAGGAGACUCUCUCCUUACUACAAAAGAAUGGGGCAGCAGCCGUUGCCUUUCUGAAGGUGUGCAAUUUAGCGGAGAUAGUCAGUGACUGGCAAAUAGAUAUUCUCGUCGCAGCCCACAUUCAAUUCAGGGUUAUGGGCUAUUACCGCAAUCAUGCUGUGCCGAAACUACCAGAAGGGCUAUACGGUAGUCGGGUGACAGACUUGAUUUCUCAUCGCCAUAUUGAUAUUGCCAAUAUAGUUGGCGUGGUGGCAGCAUCUCUAGCCACGGGUCAGCAAAUAAACGAGGCCGAAUAUAUGAAGCUUUCGUACGGGACGACCCUUAUCAACGACUUAGUCGACCUUCGGAGUGAUACAAUGCGCAAGCAAAGAGAGAACCCGGUCCUCAGAGGUGUAAGAGGAUCGGCCUGUCAAUAUCUCAACGAGAAAAUCUUAGAUUGUCUUAUCUUCACAAGAGAGCUCAUUGAAUCCAAGCAACUGCUUGCCAUGGUGACCAUGGCUUUCUGUAAGUGGGCAGUCAUGGCCUCUCACCAUAAGCUGUAUGAGUUGAUACAGGGCACUCGUGAAAAUACAGAGAUUACAAAGUGCGCUUAUGUUGGACUUGAAGAGCAGUAUGACAAGCUUCUCACGGCAUUGCAACCAUACGGGUCGCUGGGCGCUGAUGGCCCACAGUGGAAACUUAAGCGCAUGGAAUUGGAUAACCUGUAUAGUAUCAAUCGGCGCUUGCCAAAAACUCAUUUGGCUUGGUUAGCGGAUAUGGUGAGGCUAUUGCUCAAGCCUUCCAAUUUUCGGAGGAUUGUAGAUGUUGUGCAUUAUCCUUGGACUGGUGAUAUAGGGCAGGUAGAAUACUGUCCUUGA